AUGGAAGGCGUCUUACACUACUCGGCUUUCCAGUCUGCUCAUGCCCUGAGACACGCCAGUGUGGGGACCCCCCAAGCCCAGCUGGACCCCAACCAGGAGAAGAGGAGCUUAAAACCUCUGAGGCUAACGCAAGCAACAAAAGCAUUGAAGAAGCAUCGAGAGUACCAGAAGCAUCCAAAAAGGAGACGAACUAUGUUCACAAAGAAACAGUUGGCAGAUUUGAACUUCCUUUUCAAUAAAAACCCAUACCCCACUCCUAACCUUCAGAGAGAAAUGGUCUUGAAAAUGGACAUACAUCCAACAGUUCUGCAGGUGUGGUGCAAGAAUCGUAGGGCGAAACUCAAGAAAGCCAAAUGCGAGGAUUUUCAGACAGGACAGCAAGAAGCUCAACGGCAAUUACCUGAGGCAGGGGUCAAGGUCAGCUCUCCCAAGGGAAAUAUGGAUACAGCUCCCAGGUGCCCUAAUGGUACCUCCCCUGCAUCUCUAGUUUAUACAGAUCAUCCAAUACCUUCCUUCCAACUCAGCAGAUGGCCCAACCUGAAGACUAUCACAGACCGUUAUCGUGGCCACAAAGUGGUCCAUUUUGGGUGCUGCCAAGACCUUAAUAUAUAAUGUCUCUAUCCCAUUUUGGAAUCCCAAGCUCUCUCCACAAACGUCAAUUCUAAUUCUUUCGGCUCUUUUUCAACACAAAGAUCUUAG